GUCAAUCUAGAUGUGGAGAGAGGCGUAAACAAAGGCAAGAAAAUGAAGCUCAAAGUAUACGCAGAUCGAAUGUCUCAGCCAUCUCGCGCUGUCAUCAUCUUCUGCAAGGUGAAUGUUAUAGACUAUGAGGAGAUCAAAGUACUUAUCUCAAAGGGUCAGCAUUUAACUUCUGAAUUUGCAGAAAUAAAUCCCAUGAAACGGCUGCCAGCCAUCGUUGAUGGAAGAUUUAAGUUGUUUGAGAGCCAUGCCAUUUUGAUCUAUCUUGCUUGUGCAUUUCCUGGAGUUGCAGACCAUUGGUAUCCAGCUGAUGUUGCCAAGAGAAGUAGGAUACAUUCGGUGUUGGAUUGGCAUCACUCCAACUUACGCCGUGGUGCAGACACAUAUGUUUCCAAUGCUACAAUAGCACCUGUAGUUGGCCGUCCAUUGAAUCCCCAAGCAGCUGCUGAAGCUGAGACACUUCUGUCGUCGUCUCUUUCAAAGUUAGAGUCCUUUUGGCUCAAGGAUGCUGGACGUUUUUUGCUAGGUGGAAACCAGCCAUCCAUAGCAGAUCUUAGCCUCGUCUGUGAAAUAAUGGAACUCGAGGUUUUGGAUGAGAAGGAUCGUGCUAGGUUUUUGGGUCCACACAAGAAAGUCCAGCGGUGGAUCGAGAAUACAAGAAGUGCUACAAACCCUCACUUUGAUGAAGUGCAUGAAGUCUGUAGACACUAA